GGAUGGGUCCUUUCCAGUACGACGUAUCUUUUUAAAACAGGACGUCAACCUGCUUCGGUGUUGGUCCCGAUAGCUUCAGAUUCUUCCAGUUUAUGUCUGAUCAUUUCAAGUGAAAGAUGUUACCUAUAUUCAAAUCAAUUCCCACGCACAUGGAUUAUAAGGGCCAGAAACUGGCUGAACAGAUUUUCCAAGGGAUAAUACUCAUCUCUGCGGUGAUUGGAUUCGUGUAUGGUCUGAUUAUUGAACAGUUUGGGUGGACAGUGUAUAUAGUUUUGGCUGGUUUUGCUCUGUCGUGUGUGUUGACCCUGCCCCCGUGGCCUAUGUACAGAAGGAAUCCUCUGUCCUGGCAGCCAGCUCUAUCAGAGCCCAGUGGGGAGUCCAGCCAAAAACCUCAGGAAAGUCUCAAGAAGAAGAAGCACAAAUAACUCAGAACUAUCCCUGCCUGACUGCUAAUACAUCUUUUUCUAUCAAAUUUUUUUUUCCAAGUUUGUCUCACAGUUAACAUUUGAAGCAUUUAGAAAACUUGAUUACACUGUAUCAGUCAAUAAUGAAAUGUGUGUCUAUCUGAUAUUGGCUAUGUUUUAUACAUGGUGUUUAAUUUUUUUUUAAAGA